AAAAUAAGACCCAAGUUUAAACAAUAGGCGUACAUAACGUUAAUGUAGGCGACCAAUAAGCGCAUGAGUUUUAGGUUUAUCGAUCCCAAGGUAAUGAUUAUCUGACAAGUAAAGCAUGGGGUUUUUUUCAAGUUUCGUUGAGUGUAAAUAUAUUUUUACAAUUAAAAAAUAAAGUAAAUAUUUUAUUUAUUAAAUCAUCUCCUGAAAUAUGGAUGCGAUGUAAUAAUCAUUUCUGUUUUAAUUUAUUCAUUUGUUACGUCAGCCUACACGCGACAAAAAAAAAACAUUUUUGAAACAUUCCGCAUCAACGCUUAGCUCCUGUAGUAAGUAGCGCGAUAUUAUAUAUUUCAACCAUAUAUUGAUGAAUACGAAAAUAAGUUUAUUACCUCUUUAACUUCAACCACGUCAUCAAAUUUCUUGAAAUAAAUAUACUGCUUGAGAUCUAGUUGUUUCCAUCCUACAAUAGUUACCACUUGAUUUUACGACAUCGAAUGUUUUUACUUACAGUAUCAUUUGAACCUAGUGCAUUUACCUACGUAGAAGAAUAUAGGCUUUCUUUUACCAUUAAUAUUUAAUUAACUCUAAUUUUUAAAUUACCUAAUUAUUUAACGAAGCUUCCAUAACAUAACGAUUUCGUUGAUAAUUAAUUUAUUACAAUUCACUUGAAACGGUUAUUCAAAGAUAAGAAGUUAAUAAAUUACCACAAUGUGUAAACAAUGGCACCCCCACUCCAAAUUUUUCUUCGUCGAAGUUGGUUAGUGAAUCUGCAUUCACGGAGCAGUCAGUGUUUGCCUUGUCGUUGAUACGAGCAGUCGCCUAUCAGUGGUCGGUCUACAAGUCUGUUUCUGAUAUCAAUUACUUUAAUUCAUAUUUCAACAUGGUUAACGGAUUCGAAACGUAUACUGCUGCGCGUAAAUACCUAUACAACAUGCCAAGAAAAUCUGGUGGCAGGCGUGGAGGAGCUGGUGAUGUCUACAGACACGAGCGCAUGGACAGCGUAAUGCGUGGAGGACACCGUGCCGAUGUAUCAAAGAAAUCGAGAUCAUCAAAGUUCACAAGAAGCGAAGUGCACCGCAAUAUGAAAGAAGACAUAUUGUGUGAAAGGAAGACUCCCAAAACUGCCUCGCCGUCUGAUCUCGCGUCGACAAGUGGUCCUACGAAGCUACUUGUCUCUAAUCUGGAUUACGAAGUUUCUAGUUUAGACAUACAAGAGCUAUUUGAAGAGUAUGGAGUGAUACAAAGAGCAGCUAUAAGUUCUGAAAGAGCUAUACGAUCCAACGUAACCGCAGAAGUAGUUUUUGAAAGGAGAGCCGAUGCCUUAAAGGCACUAAAAGAAUUACAAGGGAGAAAUUUUGAUGGGAAACCCCUGAAGAUCGAAAUUUCGACUUCAGAACUGUUUACACACGAAGAGAGAAGUGCUUUUAGUGGUGACAGUGAUUACAGUGGGAGUAGCGGAUCAGACGGGAGAAAUGCAAGGAGAAGUGACGCAAAAAGAAAGAAAGACAGACGUGAAUCUCGCAAUAGUAAUCAUGAACGGGCUGGAGCAGAGGAUGCGAAGCGUUCUGCAUUCACGGCAGAACAGUUGGAUGCAGAACUAGACGCUUAUAUGGCUUCUGUGAAAGAAGCCAAGCGUAGAAAGUGA